AUGAAGUUCACAGGCCAAAUCUUCGCGAUUGCCGCACUAGUUGCAUCAUACACAACCUUCGCAGCUCCAACUCCGAACCCCGGCCUCUGCUAUGAAAGGCCUGACGGCUCCGUUUUCUGCAAGAGAAGCACGGAUGCAUCUCCUGGGCUAUGCUACGAAAGACCAGAUGGAAGUGUCUUCUGUAAGAGGAGUGCAGAUGCCACUCCCGGACUGUGUUAUGAGAGAGAGGACGGCACCGGCUUCUGCACGAGAAGCGCAGAUGCUACUCCUGGGUUGUCCUAUGAGAGGGAGGACGGCUCUGUUUACUGUACUCAGUCAUAG